UCCAGACCAAACUCACUCGGGAAAGUGGAUACAUUUUUUCGGUUUGCUCUACGAGACCUCACCAUUUCCUCGAGUUAUUUUCACCCAAUCAUUAGCUACAGAAAAUCAGUUCCAGAUCUAUCCAGCCUACCAUGUCUGAACCGGAUUCUGGUUGUGGUGUUCCAGCCCAGAGAAGCUCACAGCGGGCUCCAGAGAUGCUGUCAGUGAAGCUGGGUGACUGCAAUCAAACAGUGGAACUCAAUGUGAUUGUCAAAGACGAGGAGGAGGAGAGAGAAAUCAAUGAGGGGGAGGAGGAAGAGAGAGAGGAGGCCAGGGACUCUGUUGACUCAGGAGAGAUCCCCAACCCAGACUCGGUCAUUUCCACAGAAUCAAUAAUACCACCUGGUUGUGCGAGUUACCCUUGUCCUCAAUGUGAGAAGAGUUUCAGUUCCUCAACUAACCUAAAGAAUCAUCAAAGAGUACACACUGGAGAAAAACCUUUUGACUGCUCUGCAUGUGGGAAGAGUUUCAGUGAGAAAGUAAACCUUAAGAGACAUGAGAGAGUACAUAGUGGAGAGAAGCCGUACCACUGCACCCAAUGUGGGAAGAGCUUCAAUCAUUCUGGAAGCCUUAAGGAACACGAGAGAAUACAUACAGGGGAGAAGCCUUACCACUGCUCUCUGUGUGGAAAGAAUUUUCGUGUCGCUGGAGGCCUAAAGAAUCAUCAGAGAUCACACGGUGGAGAGAAGCCUUACCACUGCACUCAGUGUGGGGAGGGAUUCACUCAGCUAAGAAGUCUUAAAAGUCAUGAGAGAAUACCCAUUGGAGGGAAGCCUGCCUGUGCUUUCAAUGUAAUUGUCCAAGAGGAGGAGGGUGAGAGGGACAUCAAUGUGGAAGAAAAGAGAGAAGUUGAGGGAGAGGAGGACAAAAGUGCUGUAGUAGACAGUGCAUGUCAGAGCAAAAACCAAGCCAUGAGGUCGAAGGAAUUGUCCAUAGAGC